GUAGAGGAAAGCGCGGUAUAGUUUGAGAGUUGACUGCUUUUCCGUGCCCUAUGUAAGUUAUCUCAUCACUCAAGUACCACAUAUUGGAAAUCUGAAAAAACACACUCCACUACGUACCUCCUAGAAAAUAAUCGCCUGGUGGAAAGGACAAACAGGACCAUUAAGGCCCUCCUAAUAUCGUUCAUCAGUAAGUCCACUGAAUGUCGGGAUAAUGCGAUACCACAAUGUUUCUUAGCUUAUCGCGCACCAUUUCAUGGUUCCACAGGCUUCUCACCUGUCACUCUACUUUUUUGCAUGACUUACGUCUACCCAUUGGGGUACAAAGGCCCUCGUUACUAUAUGUGGCUCAGGAAGAUGUUCCGUACAUCCAUAAUCUUCGAAGCUGUCUCGUCGACGCGUAACGCGUGGUCAAAAUCAGUAUACAGAAUUCUAGCAGACACCAGGAAGACUUAUGCGACCAAGGAGUUGACGGAUCGGUGUAUGAACUAGAGAUCGUUUUUGGUUUCAUCUCUCUGUCUCCACUAGGAGCACAAGCUCCGCCAUCCUUAGAAAGGGCCUUAAAAAAUUGUGUUUAUUCGACCUCUCAUUACCUUUGUCUUACACAACUGUCAGCGACCUAAAGACUACGUUAUAAUCGUACACUAUAACUAGUUGGAACCAGACCGAACGUUGGUGCAUUUCGAUACCCAGUUUGUAAACCCUCAUCUGCCACUAGUUAUUACGAAGUACAAUCAAAGGAAGACAGCAUGUCCAUAUCCACAAUCAGAGACAGUGCCUCACGGACAGAGGGGUUGUGCAACAAUAUUCGAAAUCAUUGUGCAAUGUUAUUAACCGGAAUCUUUUUUUAUUACAGGGCAACAAUUGGUAAAUAUUUACAUAUGUUCUUCAAGAAAAACAAGGCCUAGGUAAACUGGGCUUGCAAAUAAUGUAUGAAACUUUUUUAGUCAAGCCUACUCUUUUGUAACAUAACCACGUCAUUCGAUUUUCGAAAUAUAUGCGUUGUUGCUGGCACGUCAUGUCUUACCUCCGUUAUUCAUUGGCCCUGUUCCACAUACUGUUGUUUUUAAAUGUCUUAAAUACACAGUUUUAUCUGCAAGGUGAAGACUACAAUUUUUGUUUGCAGAUUAGCUAAUAAAGACCAAAUAGCCGUUGGAUUUCAUUUUAUGUAAUAACUUAUGGCAGACUAGUUUCGAUAAUACAUUAACUUGGGGUGGAUUAAAACCGACUGUUACCAUAUCACCGAACAGUCCUUGAUCGUUCACAUAUACUUAUUUUCAUGUAUAGUUAACAUAAGUAAAGGGAAGAUAACUACAGUUUACUAUAUAUUCUAGCUGUUUAUUUAGAACGAUAACUGUAAAUUAAGGAUAUUCAGUGUUAAAUGAUGCAGUAAUGCAUAGUAUUUACACGAGUUUAUUGUAUUAUCUUUUUCGUGUUUAGUUUACGACUAACAUCAUUUUCACUCCAUUACUGUACCCAUUGUAAAGUAUGAGAAUUUAAACCGACAUAUAUUCGCGCUAAUUCCAUUGUCUUUUGUGUAAUCUGUUUCAUCCAAUUCAGGUUAAUGUACUCAGCUUCGAACCACUGUUGAUAACCACCUGCUCUUAUUAUCACGGUAUAUCUUUUUCUUGCCAUUUGCAAUUCUACUUCAAAUUUCCUCGUUACAAUAUUAAAUUGGAAGAUCACAACUGUUCCGAGUCUUUAUUAUUACUGUUUUUGAAUAUUUCCAGUUAGAAUGUCCCAUUCUCCUGAAAGUACAAUAGUUCAUGAAAAUAUUGCGAAUGGUGGUACUGAAUUAGAAAAGAAAUUACUCAACUUGAAGUCUCCUUUUAAUGAUAUUGACGAUGUUUAUUUGUCCUCGAAUUUCAACGAAUUAGAUCGUAGCUCACAUGUUUCAGUGGUUAUGUCUGAACGCGUUCAGUGUAUAGCUUCUGGUAUAUACAAAGAGUUUGAAACUAUGAUUGAGGCUUAUGGAUUACCCGUUGUUGAACGUUUAAUGCCAUUAAUAAUUAGUCUACUAGAAAAUUUGGAUGAACUAUAUAAAGAUCAAUCUGCAUACCACGCUGAAGUCAGACAAUUACGUGAAGAGAAUGAGCAUAUUUAUGACCAACUUACUGCUGAGAAGGCUGCUCGUAAACAGUCCGAAUUGCGUUUACUAAAUGCAGAGGAUGCUUUUGAUGAAGAGAGAAAGGUGAAUGAGGCAAAAAAUGAGUCAUUAUCCACAUCUUGUCGGCAAACAGAAUUGAGACUUCAGUUGGCUAAAGAUCAAGUUUCACGUUUAGAGGUGAAAGAACAAGAAUGGAAAAAAGAAGAGAAUCGUUUACAUGAACAUCUAAAUGAAUUAAUACGUUCUAAUGUUGAAUUAACUGAACAAAUCAAAUUUAUUAAUCAUAAUAAUAAUAGUCAAGAACAAUCAAGAAAUACAUUGAAUAAUCAUAUUCAUAGAAAUUCACCACGUAAAUUAUCAAUGAAUUCAUCUAAGUAUAAUAUAACUGGAUCAACUAAUCAUGAUCAAAACCCAACAAUAGAUGGAUCAUCUACAGUUCGUUCGAAUUCACUUGGUGUUGGCUAUGAUACUACUGGCGGUGGAUUUGAAUUUGAUGAACUUCCAAAUACUCUGGAAUCGGAAGGUGGUGGUGGUUUAAAUGUCGAUGAUGAUCUACCUGCUGGUAUGCGUAAAGAGAUUGAUGUAUUGAUCAAAGAGAAUAUGGAACUUGUUGAAAUGAAAAAUGCUCUCAAUGUUGUGAAAGACGACCUACUAGCCAAAAUCGACCAUUUAACAUCUGAAAAUAUAUCAUUACGUGAAUCAGUAGAUAUGUUAACUGAUUCACGUAUUCGUUUACAAAGUGAAUUAACUAAUACAGAUCAAUUAUUAAAUGAUGCACGUUCAGAAAUUAAUCAAUUAAAUGAAAAAUUAUCAUUAUAUCAUGAUAAAACAAAUCUAGAGUCAACUAAUUCCGCUCAAGUUAAACGUUUCACACGAUCUGAAAUGGCACGUAUUCUAGCUGAACGUAAUCAUUAUAAAGAACGUUUAUUAGAAUUACAAGAUGCUGUACGUUUUACAGAGACUUUACGUGUCAGUCAAAAAGGACAUCGUGAACUAUUUAUGAAUAAAACACCAACAAUACAACAAUAUAAAUUUGAUUCAAAUAGUCCAGUUAGUGGUCCAUUACAAAGUUUGCAAAAGUUCUUCUCUUCAUUUACUUCUGGUCAACGUUCUGAAAAUUCAAAUGAAUUAAUUCACAAUGUUGGAAAUGAGCUGUCGAUUCAUGGCACAGAUAAUUCUUUAUCAUGGAUUACAUUGUCAGCAACAUGUGCCAAUUCCCCAAUUUACGGUUGGGCAACUGGAAAACAAUCGGACCGUAAAUUCAGUUUUAAUAAUAAUAAUAAUGAACGUGUUAUUCAAAGUAACAAUGAUUCUGUUGAUGAUAAUGCACAUUCUAAUAUACCAGUCCCCAUUCAAUGUAGAACAAUUGGUGGUUUGCAUAAAAAAAACUUAGAGAUAUGUACAGCACUUACUGUUCCAAUUGCAUCCUUGGAUUGUAAUUCCAAACCUAAAUAUCAUUUAUGGCUGAUUGGUCGUGGUGGUUCAGGAGAUUAUCCAAAUUCGAAUGAUUCUUCAUUAUCAGUAAAUCGUGGUUAUCUUGGACAAGUGCACAUAUUUGAACCAACAAAAUUCACUCAACCUAUUAAUAGUUUUGAUUUAGAUAAUGGUUUCUUGCCGACAGCAGCUGUUUAUGUAAAAUACAAUGAAGUAGCGUCAACUACUCCAUCCUCACCUGAAUUAACCUCAAAUCAUGAGUACGUUGAAUUUACAUGGGAUAUCAAUGAAUCUUAUGAUGAUAAUACUAGUAGUGGUAUGAAUGAAACAAUUUGUAAUAAGAAUAAUGAUGGUUGCGUAAUUUUAGCGUCAAAUGAUGGACGAUUUCUAGUUUAUAGAUUAUGUUAUAGUAGUAUGAAGUCAACCAGUUCGUCUGAAGUAGCCAGAAAUAAUGACGAUAAUAAUAGUAAUUAUAGUGAACAAAUAGUUUCAAAUCAUUUCAAUGUUGUUGGCUUACCACAAUUAAUUUAUCGAUUUAAAACAAAUAGUCAAGGUUUAGUGGCUAAUGGGAUGAUUUCACGUGAUAAUUAUGUAUGUAUUGGUCUAUUCAAUUCACUUGGUACAACUCAUAUUGUUUGCUUUCAGUGGCCAUUAAGAUUUAUGCAAAAUCAAUAUAAUCAUACCGUAAAUACAUCCUCUUCAAUGAUUAAUUCUACUUUCAACAAAAUACAAACAAAACAUAAACUCAUUAAUUUACCAUAUGAAUCUUUAUCAACUGGUCCGUUAAUUAUGGCAUCUUCGUUUUCAUCCUUCACUUUGUCUACAUCUAAUCCUUGUUCUAUUGUGAAUGAGAAUAAUAUUUCUUCAAUAAAUGAUUAUAUAUGGCUUGGUACAGCUGGUGGUGGUUAUUGUUAUUGUUUAGCUGUUCAAUCUGGUGAUUUUAUAACAAGUUUAGCAUUACCAAAUGAAACACCAUGUCUACAUGCAAUAUGCAUUAAACCGUCUACAACAGGAAUGACUGACAUUGUUUGGUUAGCUGUAUCUGGCAAUCCUACAAUUUGUACAUCAUGUGAGAAAAUUUCAACAUGUACAACUGAUAGUAAUCGUACUAAUAUUGAUAAUAAAGAUAUUGAUGAUGAUAAUGUUAUCGUUAAUCAGAAAAAGUGUCAACAUAAUGUAAAUAGUGGAGUAAGUGUUGGAAUGGCACGUCUAUUAGGAUGUUGUCCUAAACAAAAGUGUAUUCUACGUCAAAUUGAUUUAACCAAUUCAUUAUCUUCAAUGUUAGAUAUGGAAAAUGUUACAGAUCCGAUUGAUUUAACUAUAUGUCGUCUACUUAUUAUACCACUGACUAGUGAUCAUGAAAUAUGGUUUGCUACUCGUUCUGGUCUUAUUGCUCGUUUACGUUUGGAUUACUCCAAGUAUAAGCAUUCAUCAAAUGAGGUUGAAUUGUCCAAAACUUCUUCAAUAACAAUCAGUUGUCAUGGUUAUCGACGUCCUGUAUGCAAUUUACUAUUAAUUCAUCAAAUUUGUCAAAAAACAAAUAACAAUGAAGAUUUGAAUUAUUUAAUUGUAUCAGUUGGACAUGAUUAUGUAGAUUUAAGACAAUUUCAUGAACAAUCUAAACAAAAAGAUGAUGAUCAAACUGAUCUUUCAAUGGAUCAAUCUUCUAGCAUGAGAAUUCAUGUUAAUCGUUCACGUCAAAUGGGUUCAGGUGCUCAUGCUAUUGUUUGGAGACUAACCGAUUUAUCCCAUUAAAUUAUCUAAAUAAUCAUCAUGAUCAUUAUUAUUGUUCUCAAUUUAUCUUAAUCAAGAAACUUUCUUUAUCUUUCAGCUUUAUACUACUUAGAAAGUAUAAAUAGUAGUUUAACGUAUUUUGUGGAAUAAUUUCCUUUGUCAAGAAUAUAAUUGAUACAAAUACUUUUUCCGUUCAUUCUAAUUCUAUUUACUAUCAUGAUAUGAUAGUAAAUCUUCUCAAUACUUUCAAAUAAAGCAUUUUAACAUUGAGUAUUUACAAAUUUACAUUAUCUAAAGUAUAUUAAUCAGUUGUGCAUAGAUUAUUUCCUAUCAUUUUGUCUAUUACUAAUCAGAUUAAUACUGAUUUGACUUAAACACCAAUUGCCAAUGAUAAAUCAAUUUGAUAAAACAAUUUAAUAUUUGUGAUAAAAGAGCACAAUUUCAAUGAAAAAUCUCUUUGUGUCUUUCUUUUAUUAUUAUUAUUAUUAUUGAUGUUGAUAUAUCUUCGACCGUUAUCAUCUCCGUUGUUGUUGUUGUUGUCGUCAUUGUUGCCAUCGUUGUCGUGCAAUAAUUUACUUAUUUGUUCUCUUUAUCUCUGCAUUUAAGCAUAUGCUUUUCUUGUUUUUGCUAAUUAUAAUUUUCUUUUAACAUUAUUUCCUUUUUGAUGAGUUCAAUGUUCAAAUGUGUGAUAUUUUGUCGUUUGUACUUUUCUUUUAUUAAAAAAAGCAUUUAAUUUGUAAAACUGAGCUACGAAGUAAAACAGAAUGGUGUUC